UGUUGCUUUCUCCGUGUUCUUCUUCGACAAUGUUGCUCAGCAGCAGCGCGUGUGCAUGGCGCAGCUGCUCCAGCACUGUGGCCUGCCUCGCACCCGCUGCUGUCAGCUCUGUCAGCUCUGCCAGCAGCAAUGCAAUGCGCUCUACUUCUUCCUCUGUUUCUGUGACCCAUCCGAUGGCCGCCGCGCUUCGCGUGCUCGCACUGGAUCAACAGCCGCUGCGUCGCUCCUCGUCGUCGAUCGCUGCUUUGACCACCGUCCGAACGAACAUGCUGCCGCUUUCAUUCGCUUCCUCGCGCAGCCAACCACGUGCAGUCCAUUGCGGUGGCGACGCUGUGGUUUCGACUCUGUCGCGCUCGCUCUUCACGCGAUCGACGCCCUCGCAGUCGCAGUCGCAGUCGCAGUCGCAGAUCACAAAUGCUGGUUUCACGCUGGCCAAGGCUGGAUCGCUGAUCUCCGCAGAAGCACUGACUUUGCGAAUCCGAGUCCGCGGGAUUGUGGGCUCAAUCACCAAUGUCACACGAGCAAUGUCCUCGACGACCGCUGAGGCCUCCACCAACACGAGCGGCCAACAUGACAAGAAGCAGUCCGAACAGCCCCCGCCGCGCAUUGUUGGGUUUUGGCUGCUUGGCAUUUCCGUGCUUACCUUUGCAACGGUCGUGAUGGGCGGUGUGACGCGUUUGACCGAAUCUGGAUUGUCGAUGGUGACCUGGCAUCCCGUGCACGAGCGUCCUCCGUCGUCGGAAGCCGGCUGGGAGGAAGAGUUUGAAAAGUACAAGCAGUUCCCGGAGUACAAGAUGAUCAACAAACACAUGACCUUGGACGAGUUCAAGCGCAUUUGGUACAUGGAAUACAGCCAUCGCAUGUUUGGUCGCGCCGUUGGCGCCUUUUUCGCGCUGCCCGCGCUGGCCUUCAUGGCCAAGGGUUGGGUGCCAAAGUCGCUUCGCCCGCGUCUGCUCGCCAUUGGCUGCUUGAUUGGAUUCCAGGGCCUUCUCGGCUGGUACAUGGUCAAGAGCGGUCUUGACGAGAAUCUCUUGCAAGACCGGGCCGUUCCUCGCGUCAGCCAGUACCGCCUCUCUGCCCAUCUGAUUUCCGCCUUUGUGAUUUACGCGCUGACCUUGUGGCAUGGCCUCAACGCGAUUGAUCGUAACGUUCCGUUUGUGACCUCCGACCGUCGUAUCAAGCUUUUGCGCGCCAUGGCCAAGGGCUCUGUUGCUUUGGUCUUUUUGACUGCCAUGUCAGGCGCAUUUGUGGCUGGCCUCGAUGCUGGGCUUGUGUACAACUCCUUCCCCAAAAUGGCCGACAAGUGGAUUCCCGAUGAUUUGCUCGUCCUAAAGCCCACCAUUCGCAACUUUUUCGAGAACGUGACGACUGUGCAGUUUGACCAUCGCAUUCUGGGCAUGACAACCCUCGCAACCCUGUCAGCCGUGUUCGUGUACGCGCGAAAGCUUGAUCUUCCUCGACGAGCAAAGGCGGGUGCACACGCCAUGGCGGGAAUGGCUCUCGUGCAAGUGACGCUCGGCAUCACCACCCUGCUGAUGCUGGUGCCUGUUCCGCUGGCUGCCGCCCACCAAGCCGGCUCCCUCACUCUCCUGACGUUUGCAAUGUACUUUUUGCACACAAUCCGCAAGGCAGCUGUGGUCUUGUAGUGGAUGAGCACGAUGGGGUUGGAUGGGAUGCAGCCUGUUACAUUUGCAUUUGUGGUAAUACUGCAGAACGAGCGAAAACUCCAAUCACACACAAACAGCAGCAUGCAACAAC